AUGGCCACUGCACAAAGACUUCUCAUCACUAUGUCCUGCGAAGCUACUGUUCACUUGACAUUCCCUGCUUUUGUUCUCCUGGGUUUUCUGGCUGAGAUUGUGUUACUGUACCCAGUGGUGAACAGAACAAAUGGCACCCUCCUGGACAGAGGAUGGGAGUCCCUCUUAUCCAGGUCCCUUGCUGGAAUGUCAGGGGAGAAGUCUGAAGUCAACUGGGAGGCUGACUAUUUGCUAGGAAUCAGGAGACAACGGAGGCUUUACUGCAACGUGGGCAUUGGGUUUCAUCUCCAGAUAUUUCCAGAUGGACAGAUAAGUGGUGUUCAUGCUGAAAACCAAUACAGUCUCUUGGAAAUAUCAACAGUAGAGCGAGGUGUGGUUAAUCUGUUUGGUAUAAGAAGCUCCCUCUUCAUUGCAAUGAACAACAAGGGGAGAUUAUAUGGCACAGCAACUUUUCAAGAGGAAUGCAAAUUCAAAGAAACUCUGCUUCCCAACAACUACAAUGCCUAUGAAUCAUUUAUGUACAAAGGUUUCUACAUAGCACUCAGCAAAUAUGGACGCAUGAAGAGAGGAAGCAAAGUUUCUCUGGCUCAGACUGUCACACAUUUUUUACCCAGAUUGUGAAGACUACAGUACAAUGUACUAAAC